AUGGUACGGUUGAUGGAGAAGAAAAGGCCGAGGGAGGAGAACCCCAACAACGACAACAGCAGCUUCUUUCCUAGGAGCUUAUGGUUCUUAGGCGGUCUUUUGGCGGGAGCCCUUCCCAACUUGUUUGUGUCCGGUGCCUGCAGACAGUAUGGACCUGAGUUUCUCAAGCUUUUGCAGAGCGCGGACUAUAUCAGGACCCUUUCUUCAGAGAACACGACGACAAGUUCUCCUCAGACUGAAAGUACAACAACAGAUAUGCACACUGAAAAGGACAGUCAGAAAAGUGUGGACGAUUGGGUUGGAUCUCUCCUCUUUCCCCUGAACAAGCAUGGCAAGCUGGACCUUCACCCGUCAAUGCCCAACUUGAUGAUUGACAUUCGUGCUCGCGAAUCUGAUUACCUGGCAUGGCUACACAAAGACAAUACGACAUGUCUGAUUUUGGUUGACCCACUUCCGGACAGCUAUAUUCCGCUGGCCAUGAAAGUGGCAGAGCAUGCUGUGUUAAACAUACCCAAAGGACAGAGCUGGUUGAACCCACAAUACAAACACCAAGCACUCAUUAUCCGUGCAGCCAUGGGAGAGACUGAAGGAGUUUAUGAUUUUAAUGUUGCAAGGGGACCUGCCUGUGGCUCUAUCUUGAAAACCGCAAGAAACAAUUCCUUUUGGUGUUUUGAUUCCAAGGACACCAUCAAGACGGCUGUUUUACGGCUGGAACGAAUUUUGGACCUAGUGCCACCUCAUAUCGACAAUCUUCAUCUCAAGGUUGAUGCAGAAGGUGCUGAUUUGACUGUUCUCAAGGGUGCUGGUGAUCAAAUCAAAAAGUUUGGAACUGUGAUCAUUGAAUGCGCUUACAGCAAUGUCACCCGCCACGAAGGGGAUUGCCAUGUCCAUGACGCUGUGAAAUAUAUGGACCAAUAUGGGUUUGAAGCUCAUAUUUUGGGAAAAGGGAAAAACCAAGCCAACAUCUUGUUUGUGCCACGCCAGAGUACCAUUGUUCUGCCACCUCUAUUGAGAGUACACCGCUUGGCAAUGAGUGGACUGUAUCGCAAGUUGUAUCAGCAGGCAGAUCCAUCAAGUGCAAGACCCUCAGACUGA